GUCAGUCACGGUACAGCUGUGGGUCGGAAUAGGUUGACUGCGUCGUCAGCGGCAGCCCGUUCGCGAGUGUCGAUCAAAUCGAGUAACACGCGUUGCCGUCGCCGCCGCAGCUGCGAGGCCCAUCAUCGUCGUUACCAUUUGUCUGUCGGUUCGGUUAGAGUGCAACUCGAUUUCUCAAGCCGCGUCUUCACUGGUUUCGUCGACCGCUUUCGCGAUCCUUGCAUUAGGAUUGAAGCAGCGCACUACACGUCUUUCGCGCGUGCGCGUCUUCGUUCGCUUCGGUCGCUUCAAGUUCCGAGAAUCGACAGAGCGCGCUUUAUUGGGUUUCAUUCGAAUCCUGACCGCGGACGCAAAAGCACGGGGGUUCGCUAGGAAGUGAACAGUGGCUUUUACGAAGACCAAAGAAGUGAAAGUGUAACGCGGAAAAAUUAAUUGCAACUUCAAUACAGAAUAAUAACAAAUAAGUGCUCUGGUUCAACAAAGAAGGUAAUAACAACGUUGUGUACUUGAAGUAAGCUAGAAAAAGAAGAAACGGCUUAAAAGUGAAAUGUGGAAACAAACGUUAUUGUAACAUAAAAACUAAGCGUCGAUAGAUGGUGCGGCAGAUUGCAUAGGCCGUUUUUGCAGUUUGUAGCACACCUGGCAGUAAGCAAAACUUCAAGAAGUCAUAAGCCACUCACUUGGGCCAGAAAUUGCCGAUCGCUUCGAGGUUUAAGUGUUUUGCAGGCGCUGCUAUUGCAGAAAAAUUCAUACGUUGGACGAGGCAUUAGUUGGAGAAAAACUAGUUUUUCCUAACCACGCGAAACAAGAAAAGAGUGCAAUCGAGAAAAGUUGCCUAUACGUAACCUCUGAUGAAGCAACCGUGGCCGGUGUGUAGUGCUGUGCUGCGGUGUAUGUGUACGAGUACUUAGGCAGCGCUAGAAGAGCUCUAUAGUAACGUUACCCUGUCGUAAUUGCAAGUGCCGUGGAAUUGGAAACCCCGUUCGCCCGAGAGUGUUUGUUCGAAAUCAAAAUGUUGGCCUCCAACGGAAAACCAUUUUCAUUCGACAAACCCGAGAUCAAUCCGUCCCGGAAGAAGGCGUCGAUCAAGCACACGGUGUUGGAUGUUGUGAUCUUUUUACUAACCUCGCUAGGCUAUAUUUUGCAGGCCAUCUAUUUCCAAUUAUUUGGCAAACCAAGAAAGGAAAUCCGAGGCGAUGUGGCACUGGUCACUGGCGGGGGCGGAGGUCUCGGACGGUUGCUUGCCAUGCGGUUGACAAAAUUAGGCGCUAAGGUUGUGGUGUGGGACAUCAAUCAAGAUGGUAUUGAUGAAACCGUCAAAAUCGUUCAAUCGUUGGGUGGUUUCUGCAAAGGAUACAUAGUGGACAUUUCCAACAGAGAGGAAGUGUACAAAUGUGCCGAUAAAGUGCGGGAAGAGAUUGGUGAAGUGUCUUUGCUAUUUAACAACGCGGGCGUUGUCUCCGGCAGAGCACUACUCGACACUCCGGACCAUCUAAUCGAGCGUUCCUUCAACGUAAACAUUAUUGCACACUUCUGGACGACAAAAGCCUUCCUGCCGUCGAUGUUGGAGCGCGAUCACGGACACAUUGUGACAAUCGCAUCCCUGGCGGGUCACGUCGGUAUCUCCAAGCUAGUGGACUACUGCUCGAGUAAAUUCGCCGCGGUUGGGUUCGAUGAGGCUCUCCGAAUAGAGCUCGAAUAUAUGGGAGCGCAUGGUGUUUUUACGACUGCGAUCUGCCCCUACUUCAUACAAGCGACGGGAAUGUUCGAUGACGUGAAUUCAAGAUGGGUCCCAACACUAGAUUCGAACGACGUGGCAGACAAAAUCAUAGACGCUGUUCGGAAAAAUGAAAAAUAUGCCAUAAUUCCGGGUUAUCUUCAGCUGAUGUUAGCAAUAAAAUGGGUCUUCCCGUGGGGCUGCAAUUCGGGUUUCCUACGGCGGUUGGUACCGGAUGCAACACCUCAACAUGCCGUUACACCGGUGACAACACCGUCCGGAGUUAAACUGAAUGGAAGCGCUCAUCCGCUGGCAUCCGGGUCAUCCGAUAACAACAAUACCAAAACGUCAUCACUGCUGGUACAUCGGCUGUCCACCGGCGAAAGAGUACUUUAAGCAUCAACCGUUUUCGAUUAACCCGAAGCUGCUGCUUAUUGGAACUAUACUUAAGUACUUAUUUCUGCUGGCUUUUCUCAGCCUCAUCUUAAGUCGUGCGUUCGAAGGACUGAAAAAUUCACGAAUGAACAGAAAACAAGUCUAAAGAAAGGCAGGGCAUGAAAAUGUAAUAUAAAUAGUUCUCAAUAUGAGUUUCGAAAAAAAUAGUAAAUAUUAAGAAUAGUUUCUAAGCGGUGGAGAAGAAAAUAAAAAAAAAUGUGAUUGUCUUUACAGAAAAAGUACGAUAGCAGUAAGGCUGGAUCAUUCCUAUAAGUUUUGGGAUUAUAGCUUUAAGCUACAAACUAGUUGUUAGAAAACCCAGUAAGACACACUGUAAAAAAGUUUAACCCUCAAAUGGUUCUUUUUCUUGCCCGUUGUUUCUGAACAAUAAAACUCCUAUGUUACGAUUAAUGUAUCUAUACUAAUGAAACACUGGUCAAAUCUGGUAGAUUUCGAAAUGAUAAAUUGGUCAAAACAAUUCAACUAA